AUGAACGCUCUUCCCUGCUCUCCCUCGAAGGCGGCUUCUGGCCAUCUUCCGCCCACCUGGCCGCCCGACAGACUCGACGCCAUACCGCACACGCUCAAUGACCACAUCGACGAUUUCGCACGCACGAUGCCGCCGCCUGAAGCCGACAUCAUUUGGGUUCGAAAGUGGGUUGCUACCGCCGCCGAUUUCCGGUACGCGACUCCGCGCCAUCUCGUCUCAUGGACCGGUUUGAAUCUACAUCAUGUCAAGGUCGAUUACAUGGUCGGAUAUCUUGUCGAGUGCGGUCUGGGACAGUUCCACGCAACGGAGAUCGCUCUCGAUAUCGUCAACGCAAGGAAGACUCUUUGCCGAUGGCAGCACGCACUUGAAAAGCCCGAGUCUAUCCCGAACGCAAAGAAGAUAGCGAAACAGACCGCUGUUCCCGUCAACGAGAACGAUGCAAAGCGCACCACACGCAGCAGAACGGCCCUUCUUUUCAUGCGGCUCUUCAUUCGCUUUGCCGACGUCUGCGUGGUUGUUUCUCUGCUUUGCGGCGUUUUGUCCAUCUUCUUCCCGUUGAAGCUCAAGGAUGUCCUUUCCGACUACCGCGGACUGCUCCGGCCUUUUGCUUUCCGCCAAUGA